GGGCCGCUCACGUGGCCCGGCCCCUCCCAGGCGGGAAUGGCGCGCGAGAAGGGCAAGGCGGCGGCUCGAGGUGGCGGCGCGUGUCCCGGGAUGGCGUCGUCGUCGUCCUCGGAAGCGGCGGCGGCGGCCGAAGAAAGCGCGGAAACCCGCGGGGAGGCGACGGAGCAGCAGGCCAACGUCUGGGUCAUGGUCUUUUACCUGCACCAGGCCCUGCAGGCCUUCCGGGCCGGGCGCACCCGGGACUUCCGCCAGCUCCGUGACGUCAUGAACGCUGUGCUGGUCAGACCCCUGGUUCUAGAGAAGAGCAUCUGUCUUCGGCUGCGGAUCGUCCAGUUUCUCUCUAGGAUUGAAGAAGAUUGGACCAUUGAUGCAAAGACGAAGCUGACCCCACUUGAAUGCGCUCUUCAGCUUCUGGACAAGAUGAAGGAGGAAUUGAAAAUGGAGGAGUCUGUAUUCCAGAAAAUAAGGAAGCAGAUAAAGGAAGCUGCUGUUAUCACUUGUGUGAAAAACAAAGAAUAUGAACAAGCCAGUAAGAUCUUGAAGAAGCACUUGUCAAAAGAUGAAAGCAGCCAGGAAAUGAGGACUUUGCUUCAGAGCGUUAUCGCAGAGAAAAACUUCUCUCAUCCAGUCAUCUGGAACUUCUCCUACCCUUCCUUCCAGCAGACGAUGUUCAUGUUUAUGGAAGGCUACCUGGAUGAUUCUGAGCCCUUCCUCCUCAAGAUGGCCCAAAAGCGUUUGGCUGAGAAGACAGGACCCCGGUUCAAUCCCGUGGGGGCGGCGAACGAGGUGGCGGCGGAGUCCAAAGCGGCAGAAAAGGAAGGAGGAGGAAAGGAGGCCCCGGAGGCGCCAGGGGCCGCAGACCCAGAACCCAAGAAACCGAACGGGAUCUCCGAGCCCGAGGGCAAGACGGGAGACUUGCUGGAAGAACACCCACAGUCUGUGGAAGGAGACAAUGAGACAGACGCCGGGCCCGUGCCAGCGGAUGGAGAGAGCCAGAAGGAGGUGGUGGUGCAGUGUGCCGACGUGGCCCCUGAGGUGGCCACAGUGGCCGAACCCCCAGUGGCGACAGACCCUGCUGCUGGUGCUGCUGUGGGUGCUGCUGCUGCUUCCUCCCCUGUGUUGGCAGCCCCCAAGGACUCAGACAGGCAACCACCCGGGAGGCCAACCUCCUACGGAUAUUCUGUUCUGAAAGAAGCUCACCGGGUCCUGUGUGGCGAUGCUCCCAAUCCUGACGAAGUGUUUUUGAAGCUGGACGAGACAGACUGGACUUGCCCCAAGCUGGGCUCGCCGUCGACCUCCCACAGAGCCAAACGGCCAAGAGAGGAAGAGGAGGAGCCCGUGGCUUCUGGGUCCCACUCCUGCCAGCAGAACGCCAAACAGCAAGUAACCAUAAACAAGUUAUUGAUGGGGAAGGAGAACGGCUCUGAGAACAGGCGAGCUUUCCACAAGGAACUGUUUGUGGCUCUGUCCAUCCUGCCAUCAAAACCCCAAAGGCCUGCCCAGCCAGCUGCCCCCCUGCCUGCCAGGCUGGCCAAGGAGAGGGUGGACGCGGCCGGUCAAGAUGAAGAGAAGGAGGUUUGGAGCGGCGAGGAUGAACUCUUCAUUGACGAGGACUCAGAGGGGAGAGGCCGCAGGAGCACUUGCAUUGCUAGCAACAAGAAGAAGAAGUGGACAGUCGAGGAGUCCGCCUGGGUCAAGGCAGGUGUGCGGAGGUUCGGAGAAGGGAACUGGAAAGCCAUUUGCCGGGCGUACCCUUUCAAGAAGCGCACUCCGGUGAUGAUCAAGGAUCGCUGGAGGACCAUGAAGAAACUGGGGUUGUAGCAAACCCAGGGAAGAUUUUCCAGAUGGGCAGCUGAGUGUCUAAGUGACCCCGGCCAAAGUGACUUUCUCUAGAGAUGAUGCAGGACCACCAGGGCAUGCCCACCUUGUGACUCACGAAGUGCUAGUUGCCAACCGGCUUUGCAAGGGGAGGGGGCCCUUUGGCUUCCCCAGAACGUUGUUGUUAAAAGGCAACCGCAGAUCCCUCGGUUUGGAAUGAGCGCCCUGUGCUUCGAGGCAGGGCGGGCGCGUUGCUCGUUCUUCAGUUCCAGGUGAUUGACAGGCGGUUUCUGUCACUGUUAAGAGUUCAAGGGUGUUUCAAGAACAGUUUGAGAGACUUUUGGCCACGGUUGGCGUCGGGGGGGAAGAGAGUCCCCCUUGAAAAGAGAGGCGAGACGCGUACAGCUUUCCAUGUUCUCCUGGAAGUACACGCGGUCGUGGCGUUUCCUGGCGCGUGGCAGGCAGAACUGGGGCUUGAGCGCCCUGCUGAGAGUACAGAUUUAAGCAUCACGUUGUCUUUGAUCUAAGCUCCCGAUCGAUGAGGUUGCUGGGGUUUUCCUCGGCAUUCUUUGGAGCUAAAAAAAGUUGGGGAUUGAAAGUUAUAUUUUUUGCAAAAUAAAGCACUUUUGUACCAAA